CAGCAGUUAAAUGUUUGUUACACCACUCAGAGGAGGCUACUUUUGCUCUUUUAUUCUUCUUUUUUGCAGUUAUUUUCUUUCAUUUUGAAGACACCUCCUGUUCACUUCCAAAUUUUUUAAAAAAUGACUGAAACUCCUCUACUGAAUAUUCCCUCCUCAAACCAGAGUGAAAAUCAGAGCAACUCAACUGUUUGCCCAGACUUGAAUGACUGGUGGGACAUUGUGUACUAUAUAGGACCCAAGUACAUCAACACUGUCUGUGUUAUUGGUAUGCUUGGAAAUGUGUUUGUUCUCUUCAUUUAUUCACUGCACAAGGGCCCCCUGAAGAUAGCUGAAAUCUACCUUAUGAACCUUGCUGUUGCUGACCUCAUCUUCCUCAUGUGCCUCCCUUUCUGGGCAGAGAACAUCAAUAAUGAGUUUAACUGGCCGUUUGGCAGUUUCCUGUGCCGCAGCAUCAGCGCCUCCAUCACCUUGAACAUGUACACCAGCAUCUACUUGCUCGUGGCCGUCAGCGCGGAUCGCUACUUGACCUUCGUCCAUACCUUGAACCACCGAGAGAUGUGGAGCAAAACUAUGACCAAAAGGAUCUGUUUGCUCAUCUGGUUCUUUUGCAUCCUUCUCAGCAUCCCAGCUUUCAUGUUCCGGACUGUGAAAGACUUUCCCCAGUGGAAUAUUUCAGCGUGCACUUUGGACUUCCCCACCCCAUCAUGGGAAAUUGCUGAAAGCCUGGUAGGCAACGUGGUGGGGUUUCUGUUGCCAUCCACUGCAAUCAUCUUCCUCAAUUUCUCCACCAUUAGGUCCCUACAAAAAACAGCAAAAGAACGAAGAGCACUCAGAGCAAAGGGUUGCAAGAGGCACAAAGGCACAAAGGCAACCAGGCUGAUCCUCACCGUGGUACUGAUGUUUCUUUUCUGCUGGACUCCUCACCAUUUUUUUGUAUUUCUUGAUACAUUAUACCAUACAGAAGUGAUCAAAGGCUGCUUCUGGGGGGAACUGAUUAACUUUGGGGAGCAGUUUGCUUAUAUGCUGGCUAUCACCAACAGCUGCAUUAACCCCGUGAUUUAUGUCUUUGUUGGGAAAUACUUCAGGCAAAAGGCUUUAGAAGUUUUUUCACAGUUUAUUCCCUGUGGAUUUCCUUCGAGAUGGGUAUCUUUCAAAGAAAUGUCUUCAAAUUUCAACAUGUUUCCAGUCAAGAGUAGUUUAACAUAA